AUGCUGCCGUGGAUUCACUGGCCACCGAAGGUCUCGAGUCAAAAAUUAGUAGGGUCGUGCUUGCUGAAUGCUCGUAAAUCGGAAUUGGCUACCCUAAAUCGCAUCCAGGAGGUGAUCUACGAGCCGCGUAAAGAUGAAGGCACGGCAAAGGUUGGACUACGUAAUUUGGAGCAUUGUGAACGUGAUCUGACCGGUAGCGACGAUUGUGAGCAGGAAGCUGCCGGAAAAUGCAUUUAA